GGGAGACGGACAGACCAAGGGAGGGGAAGAGAAAUGAGAAAACAGAGUGAGCGCCAGAUAGCAGAACGGCGCCCGAACAGAGAGCCACAGAUUAUUGUUACGAGCACGUGAUUCGCAGGACCUGGGCUCUGAGGUCUAGCCGUGUGCGGGAUAGAGAGUCAGGCGCUCACUUCUGUCUGCAGGCUGACCAUGAUGGGCUGGAGGAUGGUGAUCGUUGCACUUCUAUCGCACAAUAUCUACGCAAGUGAUACUCAGUGCCAUAAAAAAGCUCUGUUCCCAUCUAGCGUCAAUCAAGAUGCGACAUCCACGGUCAACUCCUCUAUUCUGAACUCCAUAGCAGAUGCCAACCUAUUAUUUGAGAUCCUGCUGGAGGGAAUGGAGGUGGGAGAGGAGUGCAAACCUUUCUGCGUGCAGGAUGAAGAGCUGGCCUCCAUGCGACUCACCCGCAGGCUGGAAGAUGUCAGUAGGAACGUCCUGCCCACAAACCUACCCGAUAUUCAGCGCCUGACGUCCGCCCUGUCUCAGCUCCCUGGAUCUCUCUGUAGGGUGGACUUUGAGCAUGUUGUGCUGACCAUGGUAUAUGUGGCCUACAGGAUGACCGCCACCGCAGGCCACCAGAGGGAUGCCUGGGCAGAGUCUUUCGUGAACCUCUAUAAAACUGUGAAGAAAGAUCUGAGGGGGGCUGCUUAGCACGCCUGAGCUUUACUGUUCACCAUGCAGCACUGCAUCCAGUAAUUAUGAGUUACAAGCACUUGCUUUGACCAGGCAAAAAAAACCCAGAAAUGACUAUAUCAACAGGGUCGCGCUCAGCUUCACAGACGAUCUUAUCUCCGUGCCUGAAAAAACUCCACGCUCCUAAUUUUAUUUUGUAACGCUGUUUCCUCCUGGUCCAGCACGUGGCAAAACUAGUGCAUUUUAAAUUACAAACAUCACAAUGUCCAUUAAGUAUUAAAAUGACAGACGCUGAAACAUCACACAAAACAUAAAGGGAAUUUUAACUAUUUUAAUGAUUAAAAUAUGGGUUUAUUUAAACUUUUAUGAUCUGUUAGGUCAUUCACUUAAAAUGCAGAGAGUACAUAAGAAGUUUGUGGACACCAAAUAAAAUUAUUAUUGGCCCCAAAAAGUCAAAUGAUAAUAAUGUGGUCUGACUCGUUUAUUUUUUACUUUAAAUUGAAUUUUUGCAUUAACAUGCAGAAGGUCUUACAUAUAUAAAAUGAAACCAAUCCGAUGAAAAAAAAUCUGUUUAGACAAAAUUUAGAUAAAGCAAUAAGUAAUAGAUUAGCAAGGGGUAUGUGUUAGAAUUAUGGACAGGAGAAUGUGCAGGUCCACAAUGACAGGUUCAUGACUUUGUAAACACAGGUCAGGAGUCAGAGCAGUCACUGACAGCCACUUGCCUGGGUUUGUGUGAGACCAGGCUUUGUCACAUCUUCUUUGUCUCCCAAGGGGCCCUGCUCCUGUCCAACUGGAGGGCAGAAAGGCAGGCACCACACCCAGGAGAACAACGAGAAACGGGAACUGAGGCCAAAGGGCAGAUUGUACACCUCACUGGUCUCCGGCACGUCGUCUUCAAUCUCGUGGUGUGCCUCGUUCCACGCUACAAGACCUCGCUCAUGCUUGGACCCUAAGUAACCCAACGGGAAUCAUUGACUGCAGAAGUGGUAUUACAAUUUACCUUCUUGAAUGUAUUAAGGCUCACCUGGGAUGGUGUUGUCCAGGACAAAUCCAAAAAAGCCCCCAACAAACAUACUGGUGGUCAGCAGUACCUGGAGAACCUGGUCCAGCUCAUUGACUCCUGAGAGCAAAAGACAGAGGGUGUUUGCCAAUAUUUUUACUUGAAAAAUCCCAGGAUGUUGUUCUUGCCCCGUCCGAAAUAUCAAGUUUACGUCAGUUGCAUCCUCGCCAAACGUGACCAAUCCCAUGAUUCAUUGCACCCCAAGUUCAUUCUUGGGAGGGAAUUUAGCAAAACUACUCUUGCCAAGACCACAAGUACAAUCUUUGCAUUCUUGAUAUUGAGAAACAUCCAGAGGUUGGAGGCUCCUGAAACUCACCUUUCUGACCUGACCCCUCAGUAGAGAAGCUGUAUUCUGCUUUACUACAGUGUUAUGGUCCCUAUCCUUCCUGAUACCUGGUACACUGGUCGCUCAUUUUGACCUUUCUUCUGGCUCCUACCUGUUGCUAUGGAGGUUGGGUUCUUCAGUAUCCAGUUAGGAAUAACCAAUCCAGUGAACACAGAAAACCCAAAAAUGAAGAUAUUCCGCGAGGAAUUCAUAUCCGCGUACUGAGGAAACAAAGGCAUGAAUAAGUUCAACUAACAAGUCUUCACACAAGCCCAGUAGCUCAUUAACAAUAUAGCAAAUAUAUCA